AUGGCUUUAGUGUCUUUCAGAAUAAAUGUGGCAAACUCCUUGCUGGAAGCACAGGUGGAAGGACAUCCUGGCUGGCUCCUGGUGUGCCACGAGCACUGGAGUGGCUCCCUGGGCACUCUGCUCUGCAGGCAGCUCGGGCACCUCAGGAUGACCCAUCAGAAGGGAGUGAACCUGACUGAGCUCAGGCUGAAUGAGGCUCAGCAGUUCCUGCAGGUGAGGCCCCAGCAGGAAGGCAGCCUGGAGGACAUGUGGCAGGUCAGGAGCAGCUGCGAAUCAGGUCGAGUGGUGGCUCUGAAAUGCUCAGAGUGUGGGCUGUGCCCUGGCACCGUGCGGGUGGUCGGGGGGCUGGAUGUGCCCCCGGGGCGCUGGCCCUGGCAGGUCAGUGUGUACCACGGCUCCCAGCACCGCUGUGGGGGCUCCGUGCUGGCUCGGGAGUGGAUCAUCACAGCAGCUCACUGCGUGCACAGCAGCUCCAUCAGGCAGGAGGUUGGGGUGGCAGUCAAGAAAAUCAUUCACCACCCACUUUAUAAUGACAACAGCCUCGACUACGACAUCGCCCUCAUGAAGCUGCGAGUGCCCCUCAACUUCUCAGAUGCCAUCCGUGCUGUGUGCCUGCCACCCUCCCACCAGGACCUCCUCCAGGGCACCCAGUGCUGGGUCUCUGGCUGGGGAUACACCACACCUGACCAAGCGCAGGUGACAGUGACGCUGAAGGAAGCUCUGGUGCCUCUGAUCGGCAGCAGGAGGUGUAACAGCUCGUGCAUGUAUGCAGGAGAGAUCACUGCCAGGAUGCUCUGUGCUGGCUACCUGCAGGGCCAGGUGGAUGCCUGCCAGGGGGACAGUGGAGGUCCCCUGGUCUGCCAGGAUGAGUCCACGUGGCGCUUGGUGGGGAUUGUGAGCUGGGGCCAGGGCUGUGCUGAGCCCAACCACCCUGGGGUCUACACCAACGUGGCUCAGCUGCUGCCCUGGAUCUACCAGGUCACUGAGGGAAACCUGAGUGGGAAGGAGCAAAGUUUGGCACUUGAGCGUUCCUGCAAGGGCAUCCAAAGCUCCCAGAGCCUGUGGGGUUCAUGUGUGGUUGGCAGGGCCAAAAGAGGUAAGACAGAGGGGCCACAGGCCCUGAUGGAGAACUGCAUAGAUGAGGUUCACUACUGA